AUGUCUACCAUUCAGCAACUUAAGAACUUCAUUCGGCACGGCAAGCAAGCUCGUAAUGCCCCCGAAGAGGCUCCACGAAAGACCGAACAGCAGGCGCCUGCAGUCCAGCACAAGAAUGCUUCAGACCCUAACACUUACUCAAGCUCACGACAACCCGCCAACAACGAAUAUGGUGAUGACGAGUACUCACGCAGUAAGAGCAAGAAGCGCAUUGACGAUGAGAGGCUCGCCAAGCUGAUUGCCGAGGAGAAUGCCUCUAAGAGCAAAUUCCCUCGCUACCCUGGCCUCGAGCGUUGGGAGCUUGUCGACAAGAUGGGUGAUGGUGCUUUCAGCAAUGUUUACCGCGCCCGCGACACAACAGGUGAACAAGGCGAAGUUGCUAUCAAGGUUGUACGCAAGUACGAGAUGAACAGCAUGCAGCGAUCAAAUAUCCUCAAGGAGGUCCAAAUUAUGCGUCAACUUGACCACCCCAACAUUAUCAAGCUCGUCGAAUUCUCCGAAUCCCGACAAUACUACUACAUUGUUCUCGAACUUGCGCCUGGUGGCGAGCUUUUCCACCAGAUCGUUCGUUUGACAUACUUCAGCGAGGAGCUGUCCCGACACGUAAUUGUUCAAGUGGCCCAGGCUCUAGAAUAUCUCCACGAGGAGAAGGGUGUUGUUCAUCGUGACAUCAAGCCUGAGAACAUUCUGUUCGAGCCCAUUCCUAUGGUGCCCUCAAAGCACCCUAAGCCCAAGCAGCCCGGCGAUGAGGACAAGGUCGACGAGGGUGAAUUCAUUCCCGGCCAGGGUGCCGGUGGUAUUGGCCGUAUUAAGAUCGCCGACUUUGGCCUAUCCAAGAUUGUCUGGGACAACCAGACUAUGACGCCUUGUGGAACUGUUGGUUACACAGCACCUGAGAUCGUCAAGGAUGAGCGCUACUCAAAGUCGGUCGAUAUGUGGGCUCUGGGUUGUGUGCUGUACACUCUCCUUUGCGGUUUCCCUCCAUUCUACGAUGAGAGCAUUGAGGUGCUUACUGAGAAGGUUGCCAAGGGCCAGUUUACUUUCUUGUCUCCCUGGUGGGACGAGAUCUCCAAGUCUGCCCAAGAUCUUAUUAGCCAUCUGUUGACCGUGGAUCCCGAGAAGCGAUUCACAAUCACCGAGUUCUUGGCCCACCCCUGGAUUGCUGGAAACGGACCUACUCCUCGGGAUGAGAUCAAGAAGUCGGAUGGUAUGCUGAAGGCCUUUGAUGCUACCAAGUUUGAGGAGGCCGGCCGACGAUACGACUUCCGAUCUCCAGGUGCUGUUAACUUGCGUGAGGUCUUCGAUGUCGGCUACGCCGUGCAUCGUCAGGAGGAAGAGGGCAAGCGAAGGGCGCAGAUCGGACCCAAGGGCACACCCGCACGAUUCCUUGGUGGCCUCAACGAAGAGGAAGAGGAUGAGGAUGUCAUGCAGAUCGACGGCCAAGAGAACGAUGGUGCGAAGCCUAACGCGGCGACCCAAGCUCUUGAGCAGAGCAUGCGAAAGACCAACAUCCGAGACCAAGAGCAACAGCAGCAGCAACAACAGUCUAGGGGCCGUGAGCGAGAGCGAGCUGAGAAGGGCUACGGUCAGCACUCAGCAACCGUCGCUGCGGCUGCUCGACAGCAGGUUCGUGAUCGCAACCGCCAGCGUGGAGCAUUCGAGCUCAACUUGGACAACGCAACCUUGUUGGGCAAGCGAGGCAAGAAGGUUCCUGUCAUGGGAGUAUAG